AUGUCAACAAAGAGAAAAGAAAUAGUAGAAGAAGAUAAUAAACAACAAAUAAAGAUAGUUAAAAGAGAAAAAGAGAGUGUAUCUAAAUAUUUUGAAAAGUUACCUUCUACUUCUACUUCUACUUUGAUUGAUAAAAAGAUUAAUCAUAAAACGACAGUUGUUAGAUUACAAAGAAAGAAUGGUGUAGUGAUUCAGGAUUGUGAUCUUUAUAUUGGUAGAAGAAUUAAAAGAGGUGGAUGGGAUCUACCUCAAUCCAAAUGGCACAAUCCUUUUACUAGAGGCAAUAGUGAUGGAUUAUAUGAUAUUGUAAACAAAUAUGAACAACAUGUUAGAAAGAAUAAAGAAUUGAUGAAUUCAUUGGAAGAGUUGGUUGGAAAACGAUUGGGUUGUUGGUGUAAAGGAAAAGAACCAGGUGUCAAUCCAUGUCAUGGCGACAUACUUGUUAAAUUAUUAAAUGAACAUUUAUUAUUAAAAAAAGAGGAAGAGGAGAAGAAAAAGAUAAAAGAAAAAGAACAACAACAAAGUGAUAAUAAUAUUAUCAUUAAAGAUCAAAAGGUAAAUUAUUAUCAACAAGAAGAAGAAAUAGAGGAGGAGGAGGAGGAGGAUGAGGAUGAUGAUGAUGAAUAA